CAACCCAGGAACUCUCAAAAGUACAAGAGUUUUCGUACCGGGCAUGUUUCUGUAACGGACCGCCAGCUGUCAAAAUUAAAAACUCUUCCGUUUAUUGAAACUGCACAGAGUUCAAUCAGUUUCACUCGAAUUUGAGAUUUUACGGCGGUUUUAAAACGCGGAUCCCACCGUAAUGCGAUUCUCACGACAUUAUCGAGGCUAGCUUUGAACCGAUUCCACUUUUACAUCGGAUUUCAUCAUCAAACAUGGAGAAAUUUGAGGGCUACAUCUUCACUGCUCUCUGCAGCACCAACUUUUUGAUAUCUUGCCUGCUGUUCUCCAGAGUCACUCGGGAGCAAAGGGAGCCGUACAUGGACGAGGUUUUUCACGUCCCACAAGCUCAGAAGUACUGCAGUGGGAAAUUCAACGAGUGGGAUCCAAUGAUCACCACUCUGCCAGGCCUCUACCUUGUCUCCGUGGGAGUCAUCAAGCCCGUGGUGUGGCUCGCUGACCUGACAGGCGCGGUGGUGUGCUCCACGGCCAUGCUGCGCUUCAUCAACCUGCUCUUCAACUGCGGCAACCUUUACCUGCUCUAUCUGCUCAUCUGCAAGCUGCACCUCAGGGAGAAGACACGAACAACCUCACGCCGAGUCCUCUCAGCGCUCUCUCUGUCCACCUUCCCCGUGCUCUACUUCUUCAACUUCCUCUACUACACCGAUGCCGGAUCUACUUUCUUCAUCCUCUUCACCUACCUCAUGACGCUCUACGGCUGCCACAAGGCCUCGGCGUUCCUCGGCGUCUGCUCAGUGCUCUUCCGCCAGACCAACAUCAUCUGGGUGGCCUUCUGCGCGGGCACGUUGGUGGCCGCCAAAAUGGACGAGGCCUGGAAGGUGGAGCAUUCGAAGAAGAGGGACGAGAAGUCCCCUCCGUCCCAGGUCCCUCUGUCGAUCAGCGGCGCUAAGAAGGUGCUGCUCUUCACGCUGGAGUUCCUCACGUCACCCAGUCACGUGAAGGCGGUGCUGCUGGUGGCCUGGCCUUACGCAGCAGUCGGUGUGGGUUUCCUGGUGUUCGUAGUGUUGAAUGAUGGGAUAGUGGUGGGCGACAGGACGAGCCACGAGGCCUGCCUUAACUUCCCCCAGCUCUUCUAUUUCUUCUCCUUCGCCCUCUUCUUCUCCCUCCCCGUCUCGCUGUGCUACCACCGCGUUCUUCGCUUCCUCCAGGCUCUGAAGAAACAGCCGCUGUUCUUCCUCUUCCUCACUUGCGCCGCCUUGCUCCUGGUGUGGAAGUUCACCUUCGUCCACAAGUACCUCCUCGCCGAUAACCGCCAUUUCCCCUUCUACGUGUGGAAAAGGCUCUUCCAGAGGCACGAGCUGGUGCGCUUCCUCCUCGUCCCGGCGUACGUGUUCGCUGGGUGGAAUUUUCUCGACUCCUUCAAGUCGCGCUCACUGUUCUGGAGUCUGGCGUUCCUGGCGUGCCUCCUGGCUGCCACCGUGCCCCAGAAGCUGCUGGAGUUCAGGUACUUCAUCGUCCCCUACCUGAUGUACCGCCUGCACAUGCCUCUCCCCUCUCUCACCAGACUCAUUGUGGAGUUUCUUCUGUACACGGCGGUCAACGCCGCCACACUUUACAUCUUCAUCAGUAAGACCUUCCACUGGCCGGACAGCACAGCCACACAGAGGUUCAUGUGGUGAACAAAAGACAGAAGGGAAGAGUCUGAUAUGAGGUGUUCCCAGACUGAAAACAGGCCGUUAAUGUGACAGGUGGCGGUGAAAGAGCAAUUUAUAAGAUAAAAAAAAAAAAAGAAUUAAGAUUAUCAACAGAAUGUGAAGAAACAACAGAGUGGACCUCAUGUCACAGACGUCCACGUACUGUGUUACAGAGAUGUCUACUGAAGUUAGCAUGCUAACCAGCUAGCCCUUUCAGAUGCUGUCUCAUUGUAUCACUUUGAACAGGCAAGAGGAGAGACUAGUUUCAGCUGGACGAUACAUGCCAGCUGUUGGUGUAAUAAAUGAACAAAAAAUAAAUGUAAUUCUUAAUUCAAUUGAACCUUACACCUUCUGAAUUCAACUUUCUCUUGUUUACUUAACUAAGACAAGCUUAGAUGUCUUGUUAACUCAUUGGGAAACACAAUAAAACUGACCACCACAGCCUUGGUUGGUUUUUCUACAAUCAACUCUGGUUUGGUUGAAAUUAAUCAUUAAUUCACUGAGGGCCCUGUCACCCAUAGUGACUCCCCUUAUGAUUCGAGGACCCGGUCCAGACAAACUCUCAGCCAGCCACACAGCUACCUGUUCCAUGAGCCUAUUAGCUAACAUUAGCUAGUUUCAGCCAAGGAUGGCUAGCAAAGUGCAGGAGGUGUCUGUUACUCUGGUGAUAUUCUGCAAACAAUCUCUUUUAAAGGUCCAGUGUGUAGUGUUUUUAGUGGCUUCUAGUGGUGAGAUCAGAGAUUGCAGCCAACUGAAUACCCCUCACCUAACCUAGACCCCUCUGAAUCCUACACACUGCACCUUUAAACCUGAUGUUGAUGUUGAAGGUGUUCAGGGUUGAGUUCUGCAGCACAAAGGGGUCGUCAGGUUACUGUGAGUCAGCCCACAAAAUACAAAUCAUUAUGUAAAGAUUCUUACAGUUUUUGGCUUAGAUAAUAGAGUGGUGGCGUCAGUGUUGUAAAUCAGUGGUAAUGGUCUGAAUUAUAAUGGUCUGUUUUGAUUCAAAUUGAUUGUAUAUAAAAGCUGUUUCUACUGUAGAUAAACCUUUUUCGGGGGAAGUGUUUUUUCCUGUUCCAGGGUGGAAAAAUAAUUGUGUAUUGCGACAUUUUCUGCAGGUUGACAAAGCGUUGUGUUUGGGGGUUUUUUUCUACGGCCAGCUGUUUUUGUACUUUAAAUGUAAAUACUGUACACAGUCCGAUGAACGGAUCAUUGGCGGAUCAUUGACAUGAGCUGUAAAUGUGAUUUAAAGAGACCAAAAAUGACAGCCAUAUUGUAAACGCUCACAGUUUGUGCGGUAUGGAAUGUUUUUUGUAACAACUUGAACCAACGACAACUUAAGAAUCGUGGGACUAAAUUAAAGAUAAACUUCUUUUUUUUUUUUACUUUGAUCAAAGCCAUAAAGAUCAACUGGAUGUGAUUCAAAAAUGUCUGUUUUUCAUUAAGUGUAUUUUGUGCUCUUUGUGUUUUUAACUGUAACAGAUUGAUGUAAUCCUGCCUAUUUGUAUGUUUCCCCCUUCUGUUGUUUAUAUGACUGUGCCUGAUGCGUCUGUGUGUAGAUCCAUACAAAUCGAAUCACAAAGUUAAUCUCGCUCCCAUCACAGGUUUGCUUUUUACUCAGAGCUGAAGAACUUUGUUUAAGUUCAUGCGAUUCUGUAAUUCAACAUAUACGGACUUUAUUCAUCACGAGGAGGUCCUGUCCACUUGUAUCAGUCUGCAAGAGUGUCCUUGUCUCGCUUAUGUUACAAACUCAGUGUCCAUCCAGCUGUUUACUGCUCCUCUGCCGUCUCAAUCGUGUGUGCACCUUUUGAAUAAAAUGAUUCUUGUGAAAA